AUGACAAUCACUCGGGUCCAGUGGGUGUGUUGCGGUAUCGUGUUGCUGGCGGCCCUGUGUUCGGGUGGCCGGCAAUACGGGGCCCGGAAAAUUAGACAUGACCACAAGAGCCAGGACGAGGGGACUCAACCGGACAUCGAUUUCGAGUUCGAGACGACCAAAGGGUUUCAGUUUGAAAACGGUGGAGAUUACGACGACCCAUCCGAAGAAGGGAUCACGUUGGACGUCGUCCACGGUCUAUACGAUACCCGGAAAGGCGUCGUGCCCAACAUAGUUUAUCAAGGUAGGUACCUACCUCAUAAACGACUACAUUAA